ACAAAUAAAAUGUGCAGCAUUUUGCAGAAUUUUAAAAUUUGAAGGCACAGAAUUUUUAAUUUUGGUGCAAAAUCCUUCAAGAAUACCAAGGUUGGGUAUGACACAAUCUUGGUGUGAGCAGCUUGGUUUGGGGGAGGGGAUCUGGAUGCACGGGAGCUCAUUUGGGGUUUUUGGGUGCCGAGUCAAUGGGACUCUGCAGGAGAGUCCAGGCGAAGAUGUUUAGGGCUCAGCAGGGGGCUAGAGUUUGGGGUGGGACUCAGUGGGGCACCGGACUGCUGGGGGAGUGGGGUUUGGUGGGGUGGGGGUUGCAUGAUGCAGGGGGUGAGGCUCAAGAGGAUGGGGGUUUGGGUGCGGGACACUCAGUGUGUCUGGGGAGCCCUCUGGGUAUGUGGGCUCCAGAUACAGGGGGAACCCCAGGUGUGGGUGUGUGUUGGGGGUGAGGCUUGACAGGGAGAUCCAGCUGCAUGGAGGUUGGGCCGAUGAGGGAGCGGCUCACCAUACAGUGACCCCCUCCCUCCGUGGCUGAGAACAGAUGAGGCCAGGAAGUGGGUGGAGGGGUCACUGUACAAGGAGUUCCACUCAAUUGCCAUGCAUCUGGAGCCCCGAACCUCCCCCCCGCUGAGCUGCACCCCCCAGCAUCGAUGAGCCUCACCCCUUCACUCUGACACCCCCCACCCUCAAGUCAAUCUAAGCUUCCUGCAGCUAGGAGGGGUGUAUGGGCCUUGAUCUGACCCAGCCCCAGCUGCUCCAUCCAGGGAAGGGAGAGAGAGAACCUCCUCCUUCCCCUCCCCACCUAUGUCCCUGGGCAGCUAAGGCAUCACCAGACCCUCUCUCUUUCCCCUACCCCCUGCAGCGACUUACCUCUUCCUCUGGGCUGAACAGACAAGCCUGCACUGCCGGGGACGGGUGAGCGAGCGCUGGUGCAGCUUCUCUUUGCUUCCCCACAGAAGCCAUUUUUCCACGGAGAGCAAAAAGCCUGCAGGGGACAUCUUUCUCCAUGCACCCAGUGGCGCAGAAUUACCCCAGGAGUAACAGCUGUGAGGCUCUACAGGGAAAGCAGCCCACAGGUUUGGAACAGCUGCUUUCCUGCCCCUCAGUCUUCAGUAACGUCCACUUCUCAAAUGUCAGUACAUUAGCUAGGGAGAGAGCCAGGGCCACGUGGGACAGAGGAAUCAGGUAUCUCAGACUAGGGAACAGCUAUGGGGGCAAAUUCCCAUAACCAUCAGAGGUCGGUUACAAGAUACAGUCCACAGGUUGGCUCCACUCGAGCUCUGCCAUGUGUGCCCCAGCUCUGGGGCUCGGAGCACACAGAGCUCUUUAGGGGCACAGAGUGCCCAGCAGCGGAGGCACCAGCACCAGGAGGUACAGACACGUGCAUAGCCCAGGAGGCCACCGCAAUAAGGCUGUCUGUUAAGGCGAUGGAUGGUGGCUCUCCCCAUCAUGGGAACAAACAACAACAAGGCCUCUGGAGAACGUGCACCAUGGAAAGGGCCCCUGCCCCAGCCUCUGUCCUUCUUCCCUAAUCUCUCCUCAUCAGAGCCUUGCAAAGGAGGCAGAUUGUACACACACAAAACAUGACACAAGGGCAGGGUGACAGAUGCAGACUGCAUGGGGCACAUCUCUCACACACGCACAAAUCACAGGCCUUUCAACACGUAGCACAGCAUGUUACUGCAGAUGGUACUUGAUGCUAGCGUCUAACGGAACACGCCAUCUAGAGACACUGGGUAUUGGAUCGCCCCCAGGAGUGAACUCUAAAUCAGACUAUUAGAAACAGUAACUAGAAGACUAGGUACAGAUUACAGGAUACACACCAGUAUCCUAUGUAACCUAUAUGCAGUGCAUCUGUCCAUUUGGAAGUCAGACCCAGCCUGCUGUAUGUCACCUCCAAGGCUAGACACCAGAUUCACACUAGCUGACCCCCAUUUACUCCACUGCAGUUACUCUAGGUUCAGCUGGGGAUGAGGGAAUUGGCCCUAUGCUAUGUAGAUACCUGUCGCUGGGCAGGGUUUCUCUCAUGGCCAGAGCGUGGGUAUGCACAGGAUGAUCCAUGUCACACACACCCACACGAUUGGUUUUUCAUAGGCCCCCAGUUUUCAGAGAACACAAGAACAGCUGUACUGGGUCAAACCAAAGGCCCUUCCAGCCCAGCAACCACCAGCACGUCCGCUAUAACCCCCUGCGGGAUGACUGGGUGCUGGUGUCCGCCCACCGGAUGAGACGUCCCUGGCAGGGGCAGGUGGAGAAACCCCCGCAAGAGAACGUCCCUCGCUGUGACCUGUCCAACCCGCUGUGCCCUGGAGCAGUGCGAGCCAAUGGGGAGGUGAAUCCGCAGUACAUGAACACCUUUGUCUUUGACAAUGACUUCCCAGCACUGCAGCCGGAUGCCCCGGAACCCGAUGCCUGCAACCACCCCUUGUUCCGAGCUGCAUCCGCCCGAGGAGUUUGCAAAGUCAUGUGCUUCCAUCCUUGGUCCGACCUGACAUUGCCGCUCAUGUCGCUGGCAGAGAUCCGGGCAGUGAUUGACAAGUGGGUGGAGCUCACAGUGGAGCUGGGCGCUUCUUAUCCCUGGGUGCAGAUAUUUGAGAACAAAGGGGCCAUGAUGGGAUGCUCCAACCCUCACCCUCACUGCCAGGUCUGGGCCAGUAACUUCCUCCCCAACGAAGCCCAGCUGGAGGACCGGACGCAGCGGCAGCACCUCCAGGAGCGCGGUGUGCCCUUGCUGCUGGAAUACGCCCGACUGGAGGCCCAGAGGAAGGAGCGGCUGGUGGUGGAGAAUGCGGACUGGCUGGUGGUGGUCCCCUAUUGGGCUGUGUGGCCGUUCCAAACCCUACUUCUGCCCCGCCGUCAUGUCUGCCGCCUCCAGGAGCUCAGUGACAGUGAGAAAGACAGUCUGGCCUCCAUCAUGAAAAGGCUCCUCACCAAGUACGACAACCUCUUUGAGGUUUCCUUCCCCUACUCCAUGGGCUGGCAUGGUGCCCCCACAGGGCCUCGCUUGGGAGCAGACUGUGGGCACUGGCAGCUUCACGCCCACUACUACCCGCCCCUCCUCCGCUCAGCCGCUGUCCGCAAGUUCAUGGUGGGCUACGAGAUGCUGGCGCAGGCUCAGCGGGACCUGACGCCAGAGCAGGCCGCCGAGCGCCUGAGGGCUCUGCCCGAGGAGCAUUACAGGGUGAGGCCGCGGGAGGCGGCGUGACGAGCUGCGUCGGACGAGGAGGGGAGCUGGCACAUUGCAGAGGGGGGCUACCAGCCGCAUGCUGGCACUGGGUUACUUUGUUUUGGUGACCAGUGGAAAUUGAGGGGAUCUUCUCUGCAGCUGGAGGGGCUGGUGGGCAGAGCACGGUGGAGUCUCUUGGACGGGCCGCUUUGGGGGCAAUGGCAGUCACCACUCAGGGCGAGGCUGAGACCUGCAAACUCAUGUCACUUGUGAGCCACUUGGAAAGUGCUGCAGGUCUCAGAAGGCAUCCGCGUCUGCCCCCUGGAGAGAAGCAGCCAGUACAGGGCCCACGGGCUUCCCGUCCCAUCUCCUGUGCGCUCACUGGAGGGCCCUGGAUCCUGGGGUUAGCAACUGGCUGGGUUAGCUCCCCACAGCCUCAGAGUUGGGUCUUGGGGUGCUGUCACCCCAUGGGAGCUCCCGGGCUGCUGCAGGUGGAGAGCUGGUGUCAGCCUGCUGUGUCAGCAGCGGGGGGCGCUGUGGCAUACAUUGAAAGGGUGCUCCGGAGGGGGCUCAGGGAGUGACGUGUGUCACCCAGUAACCCCUGUGGGCUCCUGGCUCCCAUGUGCAUCAGCGAGGGGCCCAGUUCUGUGGCAGGAAGCGGUCCAGAGUCCCUAGCCCUGUGCCUCCCUCUGACUGCUGCUGAGGGACAAAUUCUCUGCAGAUUUUUUAAGUCUGUGAUGCCCCCAGUUCCAGUCCCCCACAUGCCAAUCCCAGUGCCAACCCCUGCCCCACUGCUGGGCUCAGAGAGCCUCAUGUCUGAGGUUUGGCCCCUCGCUCCCACCCUUUGCCCCUGCUGCCCACCUGCUGUCGUGUGCUAGGGCCAGCGGCUGCUCUGUGGUGCCGCCUGUGGGCGCUUGGCUUUUCGCUCGUUUCAAUAAAAGCUAAAACCGAAGCAA